AUGACAGCUCAUGAAAAACUUCACUGGCCUAAGACAGAGCUUUCUAGGAAAUCAAUCCUGAGUCUGGAAGUAGAUAAGCUGAACAUUAAUAAUGAAAACAGCCUCCAGCAUCCACCUUCUGGGAUCCUUAAGGACAUUUUCACGACAGGAACCAGUAGCUACAAUGUCCUUCUGCAGAGCAAGGAGGAGAAAAAACACCACGCUCAAAAGCAGUCAUCUGCUCACCACAAGAAACACAGGAAAACCUCCAAGUGUUCUACCACCUUGCGAAGCAACGAGCACCGCAAAGUCAAAGCCCCGCUCCCCUUGCUCAGCAGUGGGUGGUACUGCACAAACAGGCAGCCCUCCAUCAUCGUCACUAGCCCAGUGGCUACCGGUGUGAAGUUUACAAACAGUAUUUCAGUUGCAGGGAGCAGCACGGGACUGCCACCUCGACCCAGAAGUAGAACUAAGAGGCAUUUUAAUCUGACAAAGCCAAAGCAGUCCCAGUCCUCAAAAAGCAAGGGAAAAGAAGGCGAUGUGUCUGGCCAAAAACUCUGUUUACUAACUGCAAUCAAGCCCUCCAAUGUGGAGAAAGAGAAGAUUAAAUUCUUCAACUCAGAUUUCACAUACAAUCCUCAAUUUGAAUAUGAAAACCCUGCUCUGCCAAAUGUGUUAGCUAAGCACAGCCAUGCAUCUGACAGGUUUCUUAAGCAGUCCAUCAACAUUAUGGAACGAACAUUGCAGAAAUAUGGAAGCUAUGAAAAAUUUGAACAGGCCACUGGAGGCAGCUUGCUGACCAAAAGUCGCAUCUGGAAUCGUGUCAGGAAAUACAUGGUGAAAGAAGGCUGUCUUGGUGAGAUUGUGGUCCAUCUCACGGAGGACCUGCUAUCUCGAGCCUCAAUGACAGUGGUGAAUGGCCGCCCCACUCUCACUAUCAAUAUCUCCACUGCACGAGAGCACUGGCUGGAAGGGAUGCUGAGACACGAAAUUGGAACUCAUUAUUUUCGUGGUUUUAACAACAACAGCCAGCCUUGGUGCAACCGGAAUGGACGUAGAAAACAUGGGUUAAAACCAAUCAACCCUACAGAAGAGGGGCUGGCGAGCAUUCACAGUGUACUGUUCCGCAAAGACCCUUUUCUUUGGAGAGCUGCCCUGCUCUAUUACACAGUGUAUCAAGCUAGCCAAAUGUCCUUCAGUCGGCUUUUCCAGGACGUGGGAAAAUUUGUCAAAGACCCCAGUACUAGAUGGGAUUACUGCGUAAGAGCCAAGAGAGGGUGGACUGACACAUCACAACCAGGCUGUUUCAAUAAGGAUCAGGUGUACUUGGAUGGCAUCCUCCGAAUCCUGAGAUACAGGGAGUCCAUUGAUUUCUAUCUUCUGACAGCCCUUGGAAAGAUCUCAUACGAGGAUGUGGAUCGCCUGAAAGGAUUAGCUGUGAUUGAGAACAUGAGGGUGCCUCACUUUUUGCAAGACCAUGCCCGGUACAUGGAGCACUUGGAAAAGAUCAUGGAAGUCAAUGAACUGACUGAUGAGGAGCUCCAGGAUCUCAUAAAUUAACAGUAGUAGCCCACCUUUGUGAGGAGGUAGAACCGAUCUUCCCUGACCUUGCAAAAAUGGACUUACGAGGAGUGGGAGGGAAGGGUGGCCAGAAUAUGUGGAAUUCAGGAAAAGCUCCGUUAUGUUCCUUUUGCAUCGUGAUUGUAUACUGAUUAGUUUUUAAAGGGACUGUGCAUUUUUUUUUAAAUUUGGCUUAGAAAUUCCUCUGCAGUGAUCUGUCCAAUCAUUUAUUCUAUUUUGUAUGCUAGGUAUAGUGUUUGGUGCUGUCUCUUGUAAUAUACUGUCUUUUCCCACCCAGGUUUAGAGGUGGAAGAAAGGAGAAGGAAGAGAAAUUCCCCUUUAGUUCACUUGUGUUUGCCUUAUCUUUGGUCAUAGCUUUCACAGUUCAUAGAACAACCUACAGCAGUUCUAUUGCUGCAUUGUUGUCUGCAUUACUUUCCCAUUUAGUCGUCAUUGCAAUGAAAACAGAAAGUUUAAAAACGGUGCACAGAAGCAGGUCUUUGUGCCACAGGAUCAGAGCUCUGUAAUGUUAUAAAACA